AGUAGGAAAACACCGAAUUGACAGCAGCCGUUUUUCUCACCACUACAAGUCACUGCUAGUCACUAAUGAACUUCGUUUUCCGCAAUAGAUAAGCCGAAGUUGGACGGUGACGUUGGUACCACAAAAAAUUGUAAACGUAGCAAAACGUAGCAAGUGAUACGCGGCGGUGCUUAAAUCAGUGAGAAAUAAUCCCGGGCACAAUGGGAUGCGCAAAAAGUGUCCUUUUAGCGUUUAUCACUAAAUUGCUGCUUUUACAAAAUGUUAGCACAACAACAAUACAUGGCAACGAUAUUUCUGAAAUCGCCAAGGUGGAACAAUUGUCAGAUGUCGGCUGGGUUUUUGACAGUGAAUCCGGGUUGAAAAGAUCCAAACGCUCGGCCCAUCAACCUUUCGAAGUCAAUAAACCGCAGGAAAAAAUCCUGAACCCUUUUGAUGAUCCCUUAUGCCGGGGCGAUCUCAGGCGACUUUGUGGCAAUAUUGUUAAGCAUAAUGAUGAUCUUCUGCUUUUGGAGUGUGUCCAGACUUUUAAGCCAAACGAGGUAUCAUCGAUCGACGAUAAUUGUCAGCAUUCGAUUUUUAAAUACAUGAUGAACAUCUCCAGCAACGAAAAUAUUAAAAAACUAACAAAGCAAGUUUGCGGUGAGGAGCUGGACAAUCUAAAGUGUCCCUCAACAACCCCGGGAUCAUUCUUGUCUUGCUUGAUCGAAAAGCGGGAACAAGUAAAAGAAUUCCAAUGUUUAGAGUACAUUCAACGAUGGGAAUGGGUCGCCUUUAGUGACUUUAGAAUCGUCACUCUCUUCAUAGCAGAUUGCCAAAAGGACAUCGAAAACUUCAAGUGUGGCAGAAUCCAACUAAGCAAGGAUUUUGCUCAAGGGGAGAUGCUCGCUUGUUUGCAACAACAAGUUGACAAAUUAGAGGCGGCAUGCAAAAAGCGAAUUUUCUACAUCUCGGAAGCUCAGGCAGACAAUAUCAAACUAGAUCGGCAACUUUACAUGGCAUGCGCUCAAGAUCAACAUCGAUUCUGCUCGAAAGUUCGUCCAGGAAGUGGUCAAGUCUUCAAAUGCUUGAUUGAAAACAAGAAUGACGUCGCGAUGUCCAAAUCGUGUCAGGAUCAAUUGACUAGAAGGGAGAAGCUGAUGGCGUCGGAUUAUAAAGUCAGCAAAGGUUUGGCGCGAGCUUGUAAGGAAGAUAUUAAAAAUAACCAUUGUCGAAGAUCCGUUUCGGAUGAUAAAGAAAUUCGACUUGCUCAGAUUUUACUCUGUCUUGAGUCGGUUGUUCGAAAUGGUACCAAAAUUUCCCACGAUUGCCAGGCUGAGAUGUUUGAUCAUCGGAAAAUUUUAAUGGAUGACUACAGACUAUCACCAGAAAUUGUUGAUGGCUGUGCUAAGGAUAUUUCUCAGUUUUGUAAUGGGCUUGAAGUUGGCGGAAGGACAAUUCAUUGCUUGAUGGAACACACGCGGCCCCGGAAGAGGAAGCAGAGGAUUGCUCCCGAAUGCCAGAGAGCGUUGGAGACGCUCGUUAAGGAAACGGACGCUGGCGAGGAUUGGCGGAUCGAUCCAAUUUUAAGGGAAAAGUGUCAACCUGUUGUUGAUCUGGCUUGCAGCAAUGUUCAAGGUGGUGAUGCGCGUGUAAUGUCGUGCUUGAUGGAAAAUCUGGGAACGAAUAGAAUGAUCGAGGCUUGUGAAACAGCUCUCGUUCAAAUUCAGUAUUUUGUGGCAAGGGAUUAUAAAUUGGAUCCACAAUUGUACAGAGCAUGUAGAGCAGAUGCGAUUCAUUUCUGUCACGCAAAAUCGGUUUGGGCGAGCGACGGAAUGGAUCCAGAGAGGGGUCCUUUGAUAUUGCCAUGUCUCUACCGCUAUGCUUAUCAUCCCCAAAAAAAUAUGACUUUAAAAAAGACUUGUUUGGAGGAGAUUAGACGAGUGAUGCGACAGAGAGCCAUAAAUGUUGAUCUUCAACCAGAGAUUGAAGAAGUUUGUCUAAACGACCUGGCCGAUUUGUGCUACGACAAAACGGCAAAGGGGGAAGAGAUUUUGUGCCUGCAGGACAACCUGGAUAUCCUCAAGAAUCCAGCGUGUAAAGUCGCGGUUGGCAAUUUAACUGAGGAGCAGGCAGAACGAGUAGAAAUCAAUCCAAUCAUUACAAAUACUUGUUGGAGAGUAAUGGAGCGCUAUUGUCGGGAUAUUUUGAAGCAAGGCAGAGACGAAGGGGACAUGAUGGAGUGCUUAAUAGAACAUAAAAACGAUUUGGACAGCAGGAUAGAUUACAAAUGCAAAGCUGCUGUAGAGCAUUUUCAAUUAAUUUCGCUCAAGAAUUAUCAUUUUACGUUUAAGUUCAAGGAAGCGUGUAAGCUACACACAAGAAGAUGGUGUCCAACAUCGAAAACAAAGGCAGAUGUGAUUCGCUGUCUCAGCUCCCUAGUUCAAGAAGACAUUAUAAAGGAACGCCAGCCACGUAUUCCUAAAGAUUGCAGACAACAGCUCAAGUCUCAGCUCUAUCAACAGAGAGAAAAUAUUCAGUUUGACCCCAUUUUGCAAAAGGCGUGUGCAAAAGACAUUAAGGAUUUUUGCUUCAACGUCAUUCCUGGAAAUUCACAGAUUCUAGAAUGUUUGGCGAAGCAGAAAAAAGAGCUAUCGGAUGAAUGCCACCGACAGCUGUUUAAGGUUCGAAAACAGGAAUUCGAAGACAGUUCUAGCGACUUUGCUUUAUUAAACAUUUGCCAUUCGAUGGUGACACUAUUUUGUCACAAGGUGGAUCGCUCGCAGGCAUUAGAUUGUUUGAAGAGGAAUAAAGAUGAGCCGUCAUUUGACGAAAGGUGUAAAAAUUUCGUUAUUCAGAGGAUGAUUGAGCAGAAUCAGGAUUAUCGUUUCAACACUGCGUUGCAGAGUUCUUGUUCUUUGGAUAUCGAUAAACAUUGCAAGGAGGUCUUGAAAAAUGAACCAAUGGAUAGGGAACUCGAGGGAAAAGUUAUAAGGUGUCUGAAGAUUAAAUUUAGAGAAUCAAAACUUACGAUUAAAUGCGAACAUCAAAUGGCCAACGUUCUUCGAGAAGCUGCCUUGAAUUAUCAUCUGAAUCCCCUGUUGGCUACUUUAUGUGCACACGAGAUUGAAACAAUCUGUCGGUCAGAUGACAACGAGCCUGGUGCAGUUGAAGAAUGUUUGAAAAAGGAGUUUAAUGCAAAUAAUAAACCAAUGAGAGAAGAGUGCCGAAUACAAAUAGCUGAUCUGAUAGAGGAAGCUAAAGCUGAUAUUCACGUCGAUCCUCUUUUGCAGACUGCCUGUUCUGUGGACGUUAGCAAAUACUGUAGUGACAUUCCACAAGGAGCAGGAAGACAUAUAAUGUGCCUGCAGAAUGUUCUGCAAGAUCGCAAGAAAUCUCUACAGCCAGAUUGUUAUAAGAUGCUGAAUACGAGAAUCGAAAUGUUUAAAAAUGCUGCAAAGCUGGUAGCGCCAAACUCGAUUGAAGAACUGUACGAGUCAGUAAAUCGUUCACCAGCUCGAAGUUAUUUUAUGUUUGUCGCUUCAAUAGGUAUGAUAAUGAUAUUCGUGACCGGUCUCUUUUGUGGGCGAUUCACCCGAAGGACGAUGGCAAUGGUGAUGAAGAAUAAGUGAUGGAGGGUUUUUGCCUUUCACAAAGAAACCGAUGUAUAAAGAAGACUUUUUCAGCUAAUUUGCUUGCUGAAGAAAAACAAACAAGCAAUGAUCUUAUCUCAGUGACGAGUGAAUUUUGAAUUUUUUUGUUUUAAGUGAUUGUUCUUGCGGUCAAAAGCGCGACCUGUACAAAUUUUAGAAUUUUAGCAUUUUUCGUAAUCUCUGGCCCUAGUCAAAUGGCACAAUUUUGUAAGUUUUUAAGCAGCAAAGUCUAAUUGUUUUUUGGCAAGUCUCUAGAAUGCUCAUUCUUUGGAAUGUUUUUAAUAAUUAGUGAUGUAAGGUUAGAGGCGAAUUGGGGAUUGUUAAUUGUAUAGAAGAUUGUGAAUCGUUGAAGCGCGCCUGGAAAGAAAUUUCCAAGUAUGAACUUGGGAUUUAUCAGUACGGGAUGAUGAAUGCAUAAUCAAAUUCAGAAUGUGAUUAUAUGUAAAAAUGUAUGAAAAUCUAUUUAUAUUGUCAAAAUAAUAGAAUGCAUGUUUGUCAAACACAAAGUGCGAUACGCGAAAAGAUUGUACCUAAUCUAAUUACUGUUUUUAUGAAGAAAUCUUUUCUAGUACCAAUUU